UCCUCCGGUAGCCUGGCAGGUGCAGAACUGAUGCAGUGGGGAGGGAACCUACCUAGGGUCACCCGCCAUCACUUUCAGGUGUUGAGCUGCUCCUUGCCUUGUGUAUUUACAGCAGUUUUGCCAAAGGUUGGGAGAAUAUUUAGUACAGGUGGACAUUUCCUAAGCUGUGGGUGAAUGUGUCAGCUGGAUUUCACCAUAGUCCCUGUGCAACGGUUUGUGCGGUCAGAGGUGCAGAGCAAACUGCCUUUUCUGUUUGCAAAUGCAAUAGUAGGAUUUUUCCUGGGAGCAGAAAUCCAGGCCUGUAAGCUGGAAGGUGAGUCAUGCCCUAAGAAGCACCCCUAGAGGGAGUAUGUGGGGAGACACUUCUUACCUCUCACUUUUGACCAUCCACCUACAGUGCAGAGAGAGGAAGGUUCUUUGUUUAGAAUUUUUAUUUUUAAGGGAGAGGACCUACUUACUCCCCAGUGAGAAUGAAGUCCUCUAACUUCUCAACAGGACAGCAGCAUAAGUGGUGGUGCUGGUUGUUCCCAGAGACGCUACCUCCACUGCUGUGUCUCAGUCCUGAAUUCCAGCAGUAUCAUCUCUAGAACUGAGGGUUCAGUCUCUGUUGUCUCCACCUCUCUGCUUAGACAGCCAGGGAACCGGUCCACACCAAUUAGGCUGGUGGAUGUUUGGCUGCUGCCCUAAGCGCCCCCUACCCACCUUGCUUCACAUUCUGCAGGUUGCUAUUUUCAUUCACUCCCACCUGGUCUGUUCUAAUGACUGACUUAGGGCUAAAAUGUUCCGUAUCCCCAUUGUGAGCUACCUUAACCCUGCUGCUGUAUACUGGUUAGGGAGACUUCGACUCCCCUCUAGCAAGGCAGUUGCUGAACUUUGCUAACAGCUUCUGCUCAAGCAUUUUCUCUUUCAGAGCAGAGGCCUCUGUCAAAAGCUGCUGUUCUCACACUGAUACCACCCCUCUUCCCCUGCUCGAGUCUUGUUCAUCUGAGGGUCCCUCAGAACUUUAGAUGCUAGUUCACUGUAGUGGCGCAGGGGCGCUAGUACUUGUCCUGUUUUCCAGUUAAGGAAACAUGUACAGGGAGGGGAUGUGAGUUGCUCAUGGUCACCCAGGAAGUCCCUGCUGAAGCUGAAAGCAGAACCCAGGAAUCCUCCUCCCACUUCCCAGUGCUGCUGGAACAAAUUGUAUAGUGGGGUUACUGAAAUCCCCUGAACCAAACUCUAACUCCUUUAUAUAAUAGGAAUCAAUUCAAGCUAGGGGGAGCCGCAGCACCCUUAGUUCCAGCACCUCUGCCCACCCUGCUGAAACCACCAGCCCCACACGUACAAUGCCACUUUCAGCACCCAUUAGCCCGGACAGCUCUGCAGCCUCCAGAACAGGCACCGGAACCUUUCACGGCGGGCUCUUGUUUCUUCUCGGGCCCUCAUCAGCGAUGCACCACGUGGCCCGGGGCAUUGUCCCGGCUUCAUGGGUAGGCGAGGCCAGAGACGCUGAUUGGCGUCCCCCCCAGCCAGUGAGAAACGGCGGUUUCUCUCCUGGGGUCCCCAGCAGCCAAUCACAGGUGGACGCCUCCGGAAAGGGUGGAACCUCAGUGUUGGGGGUUGCCCGGGCGUGGAGCCGGCCAAAGAUCCCGAAGCUGUUUGGUUCCCUCCGCUCUAGAGAUGGCUGCAUUUUAGUGGUGCGUCAGCAUCUCCCGUUCAAAAUGCCCGAGCAAAGCAAUGACUACCGGGUGGUGGUGUUUGGAGCUGGCGGUGUGGGCAAGAGCUCCCUGGUUCUGCGCUUUGUGAAGGGGACGUUCCGGGACACCUACAUCCCCACCAUCGAGGACACCUACCGGCAGGUCAUCAGCUGCGACAAGAGCGUCUGCACCCUGCAGAUCACCGACACCACGGGUAGCCACCAGUUCCCGGCCAUGCAGCGCCUCUCCAUCUCCAAAGGCCACGCCUUCAUCCUGGUCUUCUCCGUCACCAGCAAGCAGUCCCUGGAGGAGCUGAAGCCCAUCUACCAGCAGAUCCUGCAGAUCAAGGGCAGCGUGGACACCAUCCCCGUCAUGCUGGUGGGUAACAAGUGUGACGAGACCCAGCGGGAGGUGGAGACCAAGGAAGGGGAGGCCGUGGCCAAGGAGUGGAAGUGCGCCUUCAUGGAGACCUCGGCUAAGAUGAACUACAACGUCAAGGAGCUCUUCCAGGAGCUGCUCAACCUGGAGAAGAGGAGGAACAUGAGCCUCAACAUCGACGGCAAGCGGUCCAACAAGCAGAAGAGGACAGACAAAAUCAAGGGGAAAUGCAGCCUUAUGUAAAGCACCGGACUGUCCCUCGUCUCUUCUCCACCCUACAAGUUAAACAUCGGCGUUGCCCUCCCGUCUCCCCCACUCCUCCCUCUCGCUGCAUCUUAUCACUGUGACUGCUCUGGGGACCGUUUCCCUUUCCGAUUCCACGCUCGGUACGUUCCCCUCCCCUGGCGACGAGGGCCCUGCUCUCGCUCUCUGGAAGGGGGAUAUGCAAUACUGGGGGCUGGGUCGCACACGUGCAUUUCGGUUGCGUUUGUUUGCAGCGAGACGAGGGACGCGUGGGGGAAGCCAAGGAAACGCCGCAGGAAGAAGACUCUCGAUCAACAUUUUCUCUCUUCUCUUCCCCACUCUCUGGCUUUUGACUCCGUCUGUGGGUGCAGCCUGGGGGGAGACCUGUCUGAGCCUUGGCAUGGACACUCAGCCCUUCACAGAUACACUCACGUAUUCCGGCACGAACUGAACAGAGUGCUGCUAAAACAGACAACUUUUAGCUGGGGCAUAGGGGGGCAUUGUUUGGUUCCCCAACGCCGCCGAGACCCCAGAUCUACAAGCGAGAGGUAAGAGGCUGCUCUCAGCCCUCACCAGACCCUUCCUUACCAGUCAGAGGAACACACACAAUUCCCAAAGGGGUGAUCUGAUGUACGUCGCUUAACCGGAGACUGCAGGACUAGCAACGCGCUUCGUGUGUAGAGGCUGGAACACAAUCCCAAGGUCACCACGGCCCUGCUGGGGAUGGGGCCGCUCUCAGGUUGUUUGCCCAAGUUCCAAGAGACGCUGGUUAAUCAAUGAGGAUCUGCACAAGGACCUGGGAGCCGACAAGGACAGCUGGGGCGGGUACGAUACCCCACUGGGCAGUGGCACUCAAAGGAGGGGUCUCUACAUUGUCGAAUGCCCUGGCUAUUUGAACAGUGGGAGAUACUGAAAACCAAAAUGCAUGUGCUCAGCCCAAGGAGGAUUUUGGCUGGCCACGGCCAAGUUAAAGAGAACGAGACACUAGCCUAGGAGGAGUGGCCAGGAAUGGGAGCGCAGCGAGACGAGACAGAACCCAGCUGGAAGGGAGUUAUUUACGCCGAGGCAGCUGUGAGGUGGGAUGAGGGCAGGGUGUCCAGAGAGAAGUGAUCCCUUUCUCACCCCAGGAUUUGCCUUUUUCUUUUGUUGUUGCCAAAAUGCCAAGUGGCACCAGCGCAGCGUGAGAGGUCGGUAGUGCAGAGGUGACUAAAAGAAUAGCACAUACCUAGCCAGCAGUGGGGGUGAAAGGGCUAGAGGUGAAGGAGGAGGGGUGAGCGCCGGCACCUAGAUGGUGUUUUGGACGCAGUGUGGAGCCGGUGGGAUUUUCAGGGCAUUGAGGGAUGGGGGCAAACUGAUGGGCCGGGCCGGGCUAUGCCAGGCUGGACUGGGGCAGGCAUGGCAGUGCUAGGUUUGGUAAGAAUCUCAGCCUGAAGUGGAAAGUGUCACUGGGCAACAUCUGCCCCUAGCACCACUGUCUGUGCAAACAUCUGCCCUAGCACCACUGUCUAUGCAAACAUCUGCCCCUAGCACCACUGUCUGUGCAACCAGUGUAUUUCCGGGUGCAAGCAGGCAGCCCUUGGUGCACAACAGCUGGUAGUGGUGGUGCAAAACAGGCUAUGGUGCACACACACUGGGUGGGGGUGCGAGACAAGCAUAUGCACGCAAAAACUGGGCACCCGCAGGCUUGAUUGCCCGUUGGUGCUUGCACUAAUGCCUGUUCUGCGCACACACGGUUUCCACACUUCCCCUUUUGCACGCACAGUGCCCUGUUUUUUGCACGUGGACUAGGGGCCUGCUUUGCAAAUCUGGCUGGAUCUCUCCAGCUAGCGACGUCUGAAUCCCAAGCUGCUUCCUAGCCUUCCUCCCCCAGCGGCCACAGACUCUGCAGAGGGCCAUGGUCCAGCUCUGUGACAUCUGAAUCAGGAGCCGGGGGGAGGGGAAACCUUUGCACUUAAACCCUCAUACCAGAGUGAGCAAACCAGCAGCGACGGAUGGCACAGGGUGUGCUCCAGUGGGUACCACCCAGCUUAGAAAGACCCUCCUCCCUGCUCUCCAAGUACCACCCUCCCUCCCUGCCAAUGCACAGCAGCCGUGCGCCCCCCCCACCCCCGGUCUGCUCCAGGGGCAGCCCCAAGCACCGCAGCUGGCAAUGCCAGUACUGCAGCAGCGGGUAUUUUAUCCCUACGCUCCCUAGGGAAUUGCCCGUUGGGCCCCAGGGCCGACGGCUGCAGAUGCUCAGGGGUAGCCGUGCCAAGUGGGGUGACCCCAGGCACAUCCCAGCUGGACCCAAAGCCUGCACCCAGCCCCUGUGGUUGUAAUAGGCUGACCUAGAACCCCUGCAGCCUGGGCCCCUCUCUGCGGCAGGAGCCCCUUGAGCUCAGCCCUGCCACUCACCAGCCCCCUUGCCUCUUUAACCCUUCGCAGCCCGGAAGCUGCCGGCCGAAGCACAAUGUGUGGGGCUCCUCGGGAGCCCUGACCUAGCACAAUGGUGGUGAGCACUGACGGGGGCACCCCUGGGUUUGCGCUGCCGGGCCCCGGGGAGUGAGGCCGGGCCUGAUGCACGUGCUGCCUGCUGGACUCUUGGCAGUCUUGCAGACAAGGCAGGUCUGGAACUGGGCCCAAUGGCCUCUCCCUCCACCCCUCCCCCAGCUGCCUUGCUGGGGUAGCCUGCCGGUGGCUUGAUGCCACGGUGACAUCACCACGGCCACAUGGGUGGAGCCGGUGAAGGAAGCAUCACAGGGGGUGGGGGCAGCUCUGCCUGGAGACUGGCAAACCCCAGGCGAGUCAGAGUCCAAAGCAGCACCCGAAGGGGAGAAGUUCUGACCAGACUUUACCCCAUGCUCCAGUGGGGGCAGGAUUUGGCCUCCUUGAACCUGCAGAGUUGGGCUGCAGACCUGUGCGGGGCAGCCCGUCCCAGGCUCAGCUCCCCGAGCGGGAGUAAAUCCCCACGGACGUCAAUAGGGGCUGUGUCGCUUUAUGCCAGCGGGGGGAUCUGGCCCCCUCCAGCCCUGGAUAUGCAGAGACAGCCACAAUAAUGUCUAAUAAGGGGGUGGGUCAGAUCGCAGAGAGAGCAGGGUUGUGUUGGGUGAGCAGCUGGAGGAGGAAGAGGGGAGGGCUCUCUCUGAACCCCCUCCCAGCCCCUCGCUCCAUCAGGCAGGGCAGAAUCUGGGGGCUCCCUGCGGCCCAAGGAGGACUCAGCAGGAAGCAGCUGGCAUCCCUCCAGGCACUAGCUGCGUUCCCUGCUGAGCUUGCUCCUUGGGUGGCUUAGCCAGGCGGUCCCCUCCCGACUCUGCACCAGGGAAGGGAUGUUCUGCUCGCCCAAACCCAUCCCCUAGGGGGCGCUGGGGGCCUCCUCACCGCCAGGGGCGGCUUGUCCACUAGCGGGUAGGAGGAGUCUCUCUGCAUUGGGGUUCGCCAGCAGCUCGUUCCUCUCCCUGGCUGGGGGUCCAGGGAGCAGCCGCUGUGCUGCAAGUUAACGAGGAGGAGCCUCGGCUAUCCCUGGCCCGGGGUGGGCGCGCUGGUGCCACCGGGGGGUGGGUUGCCAAGCCCAAAUCCCUCCCACGUCCCCUGGUGCAAUCUGAGCAAGCGGUCUGCUCGGCUAGCAGGGCCGAUCCGUCAGGCAGAGCAGCCUCCCCCGGCUCAGUGGGAACCUUUCCCCUUGACGCUAAGGGGGGCUGGCCGCGGCCCCCCACGAGGAACCUAGGCUCUGACUCAAGUGAAGCCCCCCUCAGCAUAGCCGUGCUCAGCCCAUGUCUCGGACGGGGGGAGCCAGGCUUGGGAUCGCCCCAUUAGCCUGUUACCCCCGGAGGUGCCAGGCUGUGUAUCGAAAGCAAGGCACGGCCGGGGGGAGUUUUGUCGAGGGACUGACCCAUCCACAUCACCUUGAAACGAGGCCCAGUAAUAAUAAUAACGAGGAGCAAGAUGUUUGUUUACACGUGUAUCUCGCCCGGUCAUAUGAUAUUGAAGAUAACGUACUCCCAGCUAAGAGACUGGCAUCUUGAAUAUUGUAUGGUGCUUUGAAACGCAACUCUCGUAUCUUGCAUUGUAAAUACCAGUCCUGCCUAGACCCCCCUCUGACGCCAGCAUGAGAUCAGUAACUAGCUCCCAUGCAUUACUGGCUUUUUAAAACAAACCGAACAAAGAAAGAAAGGAACAAGAUGAUAUUACAAUGUAGCCUUUAUUCUAGAACUAGUCUUCCUGAAAUAAAUAAAUUACUCCUGCAUUCCCGCAUGGUUGGUGUGAUCAGUGGCUUAUAGCAUGGCCUGGCUGGGAAUAUCUGAUCUCCCCAGGUGGAAGUGUCUGGAGCUUGAUCCCUCAUUGGUCUGGGUCAGUCACUCCUCGACCAACGGUCUUUGCAACAAGACCUUUGGCUCUGCCUUGUCCAAUUCUGUCACUUCCCAUCUCCCCUGGGUGA